AUGAUUGAAUGUGAAAACAUAAACCAACACGACAUAAUUAAAGAACUGUGUUUAUGCAAUGGUUUGUCUUAUGAGAUGAUUGGACAAGAAGGAUCAGAUACUUCAAAACUGGAAAUGUUUUUCUCAGGGUAUCCUCGUAUAGUUGGAUUGUCAUUAUUUCCUAACUUAACAAGUCUCACAAUUGUUGCUCAAGAUAUAAAAGAAAUUUCAGGACUAGAAACUUGUUUACAGCUUAAAGAACUUUGGAUUGCCGAAUGCUGCAUAGAGAAAAUUGGAGGUCUUCAAGAAUGCAGAAGUUUAGAAAAGCUGUAUUUAUAUUAUAAUAAAAUUUCUAAAAUAGAAAAUUUAGAGAAAUUAUCCAGAUUGGCGGUUCUUUGGCUGAACCACAAUGCAAUUAAAUAUAUUGAGGGCUUGCAAACUUUGAAGAAUUUAAGUGAUCUCAACCUUGCUGGGAAUCUAAUAAGCAGCAUUGGUCGAUGUCUUGAUCCCAAUGAGCAAUUAGAAAGAUUAAACCUUUCUGGUAACCAAAUAUGUUCUUUCAAGGACCUUACUAACUUAACCAGGCUACGUCACUUAAAGGAUUUAUGUCUGAAUGAUCCUCAGUAUAAAACCAAUCCAGUUUGUCUGCUGUGUAAUUAUUCCACACAUGUGUUAUAUCAUUUGCCUUGCCUUCAAAGACUUGAUACAUUUGAUGUGUCACCAAAGCAGAUCAAGGAACUGGCAGAUACCACAGCAAUGAAAAAAAUAAUGUAUUACAAUAUGCGUAUAAAAACUGUUCAGAGGCAUCUUAAUGAAGAUCUUGAAAAACUGAAUGAUCGAAAAUGUAAAUUACAGAAGUUGCCAGAAGAACGAAUAAAAUUAUUCAACUUUUUGAAAAAAAAUUUGGAACGGGAACUGACUGAACUCAAAGGAUCUGGGAAAGGACACAAUGAUAGAUCCAAUAACAAUAAAGUAACUGAGCUUGAAAAAUCAAAAAUCUGUGAAACUGUCACAGAAGAACCAAGUCUUCAACAGAAAAUAGUGAUCAAACUAAAUGCCUUGAAUGAAAGGGUAACAUUCUGGAACAAAAAACUAGAUGAAAUUGAAGCAAUUUAUCGUAUUGAAGUAAAGCGAAAGAAGAAAAGUCAUAGUUUAUUAAUCCCAUUUUUGUUAAUUGAAUUGGAGACGGUGGGAAAUAUCCACUUUGAAGAAGGCACUCGAUCUGAUGACUGGUUUAAUUCCUGCUAUGAAUUAAUUCUAUCACGUUUUUGUACGUGGGACUUCAGAACAUAUGGUAUUACAGGAGUGAAAGUAAAACGUGUCAUCAAGGUUAAUAACCGUAUUCUGAGACUAAAAUUUGAAGAGAAAUUCCAAAAGUUUUUGGACAAUGAACAUAUACAUGAUUCAGAGAGCUAUCGAAAGAUGCUGGAAUGCCUUUUUUAUGUUUUUGAUCCUGAAAUUACAGUGAAGAAAAAGCAUCUGCUACAAAUACUUGAAAAAGGAUUCAAAGACAGUGAAACAAGCAAGCUGCCUCUCAGAAAAGAAGCUGUCAUUCUUGCUAAUAGCCUAAGUAUAUGUGAGUGUCCCAGACUUGAAUUACUACAGCAAAAGUACAAGGAUGAGAAGAAAAACUCUCUUGAGCAUGAGCUCUUCAGACAUGGCAUCCUCAUGAUUACAAAGGUUUUCCUUGGCCAGAGUGUUCAAGCUCGUGAUCAGGACUCCAUCAGUCAAGCCAACUACCCAAUGAUUAAUUCAGUGUUCAUUCCUCAAAAAUAUUUACUAAAUUCUAUCAUGGGACAAAGAAACUGUGAUUGCAGUGUUCGGCAGUGCAAGUGGUUUGUCUUUGAUCAUGAGCUUGUUUUGCCUGAAUACAUCGUGGAGUUUGAGUAUAUUACAGUGGUCAAGGCUCACUCUUUAUUUUCUUCAUUCAACAAUGUUAUUCUAGAAGAAAGCAAAAAAAUUUCAGAAGGAUCAGUAUUGUCUCAGGAUUUGAAAUUUGAUGAUGAAGUUAUAAAAAUGGAUCCCAGGAUCAAGCCCAGACCAAAACUUAUUAGUUUGGAUGAUAAAACGAUACUUUCCCUUGCCAAGACUAGUGUUUAUGGUCAUAUUGUGAGUCUGAAUCUACAUGGAAACAGCUUGAGUAAGUUGAGAGAUCUCUCCAAAUUAACAGGACUUCGAAAACUUAAUAUCAGCUUUAAUGAAUUUACUUGUUUAGAUGAUGUAUACCACCUGUAUAACCUUGAAUAUUUGGAUGCAAGUCAUAACCAUGUGAUAACCCUUGAAGGAUUUAGAGGUCUGAUGAAACUUAAGCACUUAGACUUGAGCUGGAAUCAAUUGAAAAAAUCUGGCGAUGAAAUAAAUAUGUUAUGCAAACAUACCACAAGCCUUCUCACUCUUGAUAUUCGACAUAAUCCAUGGCAAAAGCCAGCCACAUUAAGGCUGAGUGUUAUUGGCAGAUUAAAGACUCUUACUCAUUUAGAUGGAGUCCUCAUUUCUGAAGAAGAAGCAACAGCAGCUAUGAAAUUUAUUUCUGGAACAAAGAUUACUCAGUUCUCUCUCUUACGGCAUUCUAGUACUAAAGAAGAGAGACCACGGAUUCUCAGCAUAUGGCCUUCUGCCAAAAUUCUGACACAGACUUCAAAGUUAGGACCACAUUCACAUAUGAGUGGAAAUUGGUACUUGAAGAUAACUGCCUUAAAUUUAGAUGGGCAACAUCUUUUUGAAAUCACAAAUUUAGAAAAAUUGGAAAAUUUGAAAUGGGCUUCAUUCAGCAACAAUAAUCUCACUAAAAUGGAAGGCUUGGAAUCUUGUGUUAACUUGGAAGAGCUCACAUUAGAUGGAAACUGCAUCUCAAAGAUAGAAGGCAUUUCCAAGCUGACUAAAUUAACCCGCCUCAGCAUAAAUAAUAAUCUCCUCACUGGUUUGGAAAAGCAUACUUUUGAUAACAUGCUUCAUCUGCAUUCCCUUUCUCUUGAGAACAACAGAAUCACUUCACUGAGUGGUUUACAAAAAUCUUUUACACUAAUUGAAUUAUACGUAAGCAAUAACUAUAUUGCUCUCAAUCAGGAGAUCUACAAUUUAAAGGGUUUAUGCAACCUGGUUAUUCUAGACAUGUAUGGAAACAUUAUUGUAUGGAAUCAAGAAAACUACCGGUUGUUUGUAAUAUUUCAUCUUCCAGAACUGAAAGCUUUGGAUGGAAUCUCAAUUGAACCACCAGAGACUGAGUGUGCAAAAGAUUUGUUUGGUGGCAGACUUACUUCUGACAUGAUUGCUGAACGACAAGGACACCCAAACUUUACCCAAAUGCAAGAACUAAAUUGGACUUCAUCAUCCAUCAGAACUGUGGAUUUGAUUCCAGUUGACCAAUUUAGAAAUGUGUGUAAUGUGAAUCUACAGAACAAUAAUCUUACCUCAUUCAGUGGAUUAAUCUAUCUGCCUAAUGUGAAGGUGUUAUGCCUAAACUAUAACCAUAUUGAAUCAAUCAUACCCCGACUAAAACCUCAGACUCACUUGACCAGUAGACAACUGCUCUACCAGAAAGUGCCUUCAAGUGGCUAUGGGCAGCAAGGAACUUCAAAAAUAAACAGAGAUACAACGAGCAGUGAAAAUUUGCCUCCAAUAAUGAACAGUUUAGAAGUUCUUCAUUUGGGCUACAAUGGAAUUUGUAAUUUGAUUCAGCUACAACUUAACAGACUAAGAAACUUAAAAUUCCUUUUUCUUCAGGGAAAUGAAAUUAGUCAAAUUGAAGGACUUGACAACUUAGAAGUCCUUCAAGAAUUGGUAGUGGACCAUAACCGCAUCAGAGCGUUUAAUGAUAGUGCCUUUGCCAAACCAAGCUCUCUGUUGGCACUUCACCUGGAGGAAAACAGACUACGAGAGCUGAGCAAAUUACAACCUUUGGUAAAACUAGAGAAACUCUUCCUAGGAUAUAAUAAAAUCCAGGAUAUGGCAGAACUGGAAAAACUUGAUGGUAUCUCUUCCCUCAGAGAACUUACAGUUUAUGGCAAUCCGAUUUGUAGAAAAAUGCUACAUCGCCACGUGCUUAUAUUUCGACUGCCUAACUUACAGAUGUUAGAUGGAAUUCCUGUGAAUUCAGAUGAUAGGGCAAAAGCUGAAUUUCACUUCUCUGAACUACAAGCAAAGAAAAAUUCGUUUAUUCCUGUUACCAGCUCUCCUGUGGAUGGUGCAUCGUUUAGCCAACUGAAAGCUCCUCCCAUAAAGAUAACAAAUGUAAUUCUGCCUGGUGGAUUUAGCCAUUACUUGGGAUCUGACUUCACUUUAACUCCUGAAGUUGAAGACAAAAAAACCAAGAAUGCAGGGAUUCUAACAAAUAAUCCUCGGAGCAUCCAUGCAGAAAUAGCUUUUCGGCAACUCAGAGGGAUAAAUCUCUCUCCAUCUCUUUUAUCGCAUCAGAAUAUGGCAUCUCCAAGUGCACAGAUGUACCAGAGCAACCAGGACGAGGGAAGAAUUCCUGGCAGCCACUUUCCAAGAUCAAAUCGAAUGUAA